CGGGGCGCUGGGGACCCCUGGAGAGCCCGCCGCGCUGCGCACUAACCGCGUCCGCCAGCGCCGCGCGACUGGAGGCAGUUUUCUCUCCGCUGUGCUGGAGGCAGAAGACCCUGGGAUUUCUGAGCAAGGCCCAUGGACACUGACGACCUCCCGGGUCCCUGACCCCAUGCGCUCCCCCGUCAGUUGCUAUGACGCCCCACACGGCAGCAACUCAGGACCCCCAGGUCCAGACAGCACCCUGCAGCACAUGUGGGCCCAGCAGAUGAGCAGCAGCCUCGAGUGGCCCCCUCUGAAGCGGCGGGGUGGCGUGGUGGACCAUCGGGAUGUCAUCUUGGCCCACCAGGCACACAAAAUCCACAGCACCCCCCAGGCCAGGAGGAAAGAAUGGGAAAUGGCCCGCUUCGGAGACGAGAUGCCGGCCCGCUACGGGGGAGGAGGCUCCGGGGCAGCCGCCGGGGUGGUCGUGGGCGCCGGAGGCGGGCGAGGAGCCGGGGGCAGCCGGCAGGGCGGGCAGCCCGGGGCGCAAAGGAUGUACAAGCAGUCAAUGGCGCAGAGAGCGCGGACCAUGGCCCUCUACAACCCCAUCCCCGUCCGACAGAACUGCCUCACGGUCAACCGCUCCCUCUUCCUCUUCAGCGAAGACAACGUGGUGAGAAAAUACGCCAAAAAGAUCACCGAAUGGCCUCCCUUUGAGUACAUGAUCUUAGCCACCAUCAUAGCCAACUGCAUCGUCCUGGCCCUGGAGCAGCACCUGCCCGACGACGACAAGACCCCGAUGUCCGAGCGGCUGGAUGACACAGAGCCAUACUUCAUCGGGAUUUUUUGUUUUGAGGCUGGUAUCAAGAUCAUCGCCCUCGGAUUCGCCUUCCACAAAGGCUCGUACCUGAGGAACGGCUGGAACGUGAUGGACUUCGUGGUAGUGCUGACAGGCAUCCUGGCCACGGUCGGGACGGAGUUCGACCUGCGGACGCUGAGGGCAGUGCGCGUGCUGCGGCCGCUCAAGCUGGUGUCUGGAAUCCCAAGCUUACAGGUCGUCCUGAAGUCCAUCAUGAAGGCGAUGAUCCCUCUGCUGCAGAUCGGCCUCCUCCUGUUUUUUGCGAUCCUUAUUUUUGCAAUCAUAGGGUUAGAAUUUUAUAUGGGGAAAUUUCAUACCACCUGCUUUGAAGAGGGGACAGAUGACAUUCAGGGCGAGUCCCCGGCUCCGUGCGGGACAGAGGAGCCCGCGCGCACCUGCCCCAACGGGACCAGGUGCCAGCCCUACUGGGAGGGGCCCAACAACGGGAUCACGCAGUUCGACAACAUCCUGUUCGCCGUCCUGACGGUUUUCCAGUGCAUCACCAUGGAAGGCUGGACUGAUCUCCUCUACAACAGCAACGAUGCCUCAGGGAACACUUGGAACUGGCUCUACUUCAUCCCCCUCAUCAUCAUCGGCUCCUUUUUUAUGCUCAACCUCGUGCUGGGCGUGCUGUCAGGAGAGUUUGCCAAAGAAAGGGAGCGGGUGGAGAACCGGCGGGCAUUUCUGAAGCUGAGGCGGCAGCAGCAGAUCGAACGCGAGCUCAAUGGGUACAUGGAGUGGAUCUCCAAAGCAGAAGAGGUGAUCCUCGCGGAGGACGAGGCCGACGUGGAGCAGAGGCAUCCCUUUGAUGGCGCCCUGCGGAGAGCGACCAUCAAGAAGAGCAAGACGGACCUGCUGCAGCCCGAGGAGGCCGAGGACCAGCUGGCCGACAUCGCCUCUGUGGGGUCUCCCUUUGCCCGAGCCAGCAUCAAAAGUGCCAAGCUGGAAAACUCGACCUUCUUUCACAAGAAGGAGAGGCGGAUGCGCUUCUACAUCCGCCGCAUGGUCAAAACUCAGGCCUUCUACUGGACUGUGCUCAGUCUGGUCGCCCUCAACACCCUGUGCGUUGCUAUUGUUCACUACAACCAGCCCGAGUGGCUCUCCGACUUCCUCUACUAUGCAGAAUUCAUUUUCUUAGGACUCUUUAUGUCCGAAAUGUUUAUAAAAAUGUACGGGCUUGGGACGCGGCCUUAUUUCCACUCUUCCUUCAACUGCUUUGACUGUGGGGUCAUCAUCGGGAGCAUCUUCGAAGUCAUCUGGGCCGUCAUCAAACCCGGCACGUCAUUUGGAAUCAGCGUGUUACGAGCUCUCAGGUUAUUGCGCAUUUUCAAAGUCACCAAGUACUGGGCGUCCCUCAGAAACCUGGUGGUCUCCCUCCUCAACUCCAUGAAGUCCAUCAUCAGCCUGCUGUUCCUGCUCUUCCUGUUCAUCGUCGUCUUCGCCCUCCUGGGGAUGCAGCUCUUCGGGGGCCAGUUCAACUUCGAUGAAGGGACGCCGCCCACCAACUUCGACACGUUUCCAGCAGCAAUAAUGACAGUGUUUCAGAUCCUGACGGGCGAAGACUGGAACGAGGUCAUGUACGACGGCAUCAAGUCCCAGGGCGGCGUGCAGGGCGGCAUGGUCUUCUCCAUCUACUUCAUCGUGCUGACCCUCUUCGGGAACUACACCCUCCUGAAUGUGUUCCUGGCCAUCGCCGUGGACAACCUGGCCAACGCUCAGGAGCUCACCAAGGAUGAACAAGAGGAGGAGGAGGCUGCCAACCAGAAGCUCGCCCUGCAGAAGGCCAAGGAGGUGGCGGAAGUGAGCCCCCUGUCGGCUGCCAACAUGUCCAUAGCUGUGAAGGAGCAGCAGAGGAACCAGAAGCCGGCCAAGUCGGUGUGGGAGCAGCGCACGAGCGAGAUGCGCAAGCAGAACCUGCUGGCCAGCCGCGAGGCGCUCUAUCCCGAGCUGGACCCCGACGAGCGCUGGAAGGCGGCGUACGCGCGCCACCUGAGGCCCGACGUGAAGACGCACCUGGACCGGCCGCUGGUGGUGGACCCGCAGGAGAACCGCAACAACAACACCAACAAGAGCCGCGCCGCCGAGCCCGCGGUGGAGCAGCGCCUGGGCCAGCAGCGCGCCGAGGACUUCCUGCGGAAGCAGGCGCGCUACCACGAGCGCGAGCGCGCGCGCGACCCCGGCGCCCCCGGCGGCCCCGACGCGCGCAGGCCCUGGGCCGGCGGCCCCGAGACCGAGCCGAGCCGCGAGGGUCCCUACGGCCGCGAGUCGGAGCACCCGGCCCGGGAGGGCGGCCCCGAGCAGCCCGGCUUCUGGGAGGGCGAGGCGGAACGGGCCAAGGUCGCCGACCCGCACCGCAGGCACGCGCACCGCCAGGCCGCCCCCAGGGACAGCCUCAGCGGCUCGCCGCGCACCGGCGCCGACGGGGAGCCGCGCAGGCACCGCGCGCACCGCAGGCCGGGCGACGAAGCGCCGGAUGACAAGGCCGAGCGCAGGGCGCGCCACCGCGAGGGCAGCCGGCCGGCCCGCGGCGGAGAGGGCGAGGGCGAGGGCCCCGACGGGGGCGAGCGCCGACGGCGACACCGGCACGGCCCUCCCGCCGCCUACGACGGGGAUGCGCGUAGGGAGGACAAGGAGCGCCGGCACCGCCGGAGGAAAGAGAACCAGGGCGCCGGGGUCCCCCUGUCCGGCCCCAACCUGUCCACCACGCGGCCGAUCCAGCAGGACCUGGGCCGCCAGGACCCGCCGCUGGCCGAGGACAUCGACAACAUGAAGAACAAUAAGCUGGCCACCGCCGAGCCGGCCAGUCCCCACGACAGCCUGGGCCACGCCGGCUUGCCCCAGAGCCCCGCCAAGAUGGGGAACAGCACGGACCCCGGCCCCGCGCCCGCCUCGGCCACCAACCCCCAGAACGCCGCCAGCCGCCGGACGCCCAACAACCCGGGGCCCCCGUCCGACCCCGGCCCCCCCAAGGCCCCCGAGAACAGCCUUAUCGUCACCAACCCCAGCAGCACCCAGAACAACUCAGCCAAGACUGCCAGGAAGCCCGAGCACACGGCCGUGGACAUCCCGCCCGCCGGCCCGCCCCUCAGCCACACGGUCGUCCAAGUGAACAAAAACGCCAACCCAGACCCACUGCCAAAAAAAGAGGAGGAGAAGAAGGAGGAGGACGACCCCGGGGAGGAUGGGCCCAAGCCCAUGCCCCCCUACAGCUCCAUGUUUAUCCUGUCCACGACCAACCCCCUUCGCCGCCUGUGCCAUUACAUCCUGAACCUGCGCUACUUCGAGAUGUGCAUCCUCAUGGUCAUCGCCAUGAGCAGCAUCGCCCUGGCUGCCGAGGACCCAGUGCAGCCCAACGCGCCCCGGAACAACGUGCUGCGAUAUUUUGACUACGUUUUUACGGGCGUCUUCACCUUUGAGAUGGUGAUCAAGAUGAUCGACUUGGGGCUCGUCCUGCAUCAGGGCGCCUACUUCCGUGACCUCUGGAACAUUCUCGACUUCAUAGUGGUCAGUGGGGCCCUGGUGGCCUUUGCCUUCACUGGCAACAGCAAAGGAAAGGACAUCAACACAAUUAAAUCUCUCCGAGUCCUCCGGGUGCUACGACCUCUUAAAACCAUCAAGCGGUUGCCAAAGCUCAAGGCGGUGUUCGACUGCGUGGUGAACUCGCUCAAGAACGUCUUCAACAUCCUCAUCGUCUACAUGCUCUUCAUGUUCAUCUUCGCCGUGGUGGCCGUGCAGCUCUUCAAGGGCAAGUUCUUCCACUGCACCGACGAGUCCAAGGAGUUCGAGAAGGACUGCCGUGGCAAGUACCUCCUGUACGAGAAGAACGAGGUGAAGGCCCGGGACCGGGAGUGGAAGAAGUACGAGUUCCACUACGACAACGUGCUCUGGGCCCUGCUCACCCUCUUCACCGUGUCCACGGGGGAAGGCUGGCCACAGGUCCUCAAGCACUCGGUGGACGCCACCUUUGAGAACCAGGGCCCCAGCCCCGGGUACCGCAUGGAGAUGUCCAUCUUCUACGUGGUCUACUUCGUGGUCUUCCCCUUCUUCUUCGUCAACAUCUUUGUGGCCUUGAUCAUCAUCACCUUCCAGGAGCAGGGGGACAAGAUGAUGGAGGAGUACAGUCUGGAGAAGAACGAGCGGGCCUGCAUCGACUUCGCCAUCAGUGCCAAGCCGCUGACCAGACACAUGCCGCAGGACAAGCGCAGCUUCCAGUACCGCAUGUGGCAGUUCGUGGUGUCCCCACCCUUCGAGUACACCAUCAUGGCCAUGAUCGCCCUCAACACCAUCGUGCUGAUGAUGAAGUUCUACGGCGCCUCCGUGGCCUAUGAAAACGCCCUGCGGGUCUUCAACAUCGUCUUCACCUCCCUCUUCUCCCUGGAGUGCGUGCUCAAAGUCAUGGCCUUUGGGAUUCUGAAUUAUUUCCGUGAUGCCUGGAACAUCUUCGACUUUGUGACUGUCCUGGGCAGCAUCACAGAUAUCCUCGUGACCGAGUUCGGGAAUCCGAAUAACUUCAUCAACCUGAGUUUUCUCCGCCUCUUCCGGGCUGCCCGGCUCAUCAAACUCCUCCGUCAGGGUUACACCAUCCGCAUUCUUCUCUGGACCUUCGUGCAGUCCUUCAAGGCCCUGCCGUAUGUCUGCCUGCUGAUCGCCAUGCUCUUCUUCAUCUAUGCCAUCAUCGGGAUGCAGGUGUUUGGCAACAUUGGCAUCGACGUGGAGGACGAGGACAGUGACGAGGACGAGUUCCAAAUCACUGAGCACAACAACUUCCGGACCUUCUUCCAGGCGCUCAUGCUUCUCUUCCGGAGCGCCACCGGCGAGGCCUGGCACAACAUCAUGCUUUCCUGCCUCAGCGGGAAGCCCUGCGAUAAGAACUCCGGCAUCCUGACAGCCGACUGCGGCAACGAGUUCGCCUACUUUUACUUCGUUUCCUUCAUCUUCCUCUGCUCGUUUCUGAUGCUGAACCUCUUCGUCGCCGUCAUCAUGGACAACUUCGAGUACCUCACCCGAGACUCCUCCAUCCUGGGCCCCCACCACCUGGACGAGUACGUGCGCGUCUGGGCGGAGUACGACCCCGCAGCUUGGGGCCGCAUGCCUUACCCGGACAUGUAUCAGAUGCUGAGACACAUGUCUCCGCCCCUGGGUCUGGGGAAGAAGUGUCCGGCCAGAGUGGCCUACAAGAGGCUCCUGCGGAUGGAUCUGCCCGUGGCGGAUGACAACACCGUCCACUUCAACUCCACCCUCAUGGCUCUGAUCCGCACGGCCCUGGACAUCAAGAUAGCCAAGGGUGGGGCCGACAAGCAGCAGAUGGACGCAGAGCUCCGGAAGGAGAUGAUGGCCAUCUGGCCAAACCUGUCCCAGAAGACGCUCGACCUGCUGGUCACACCUCACAAAUCCACGGACCUGACGGUGGGGAAGAUCUACGCGGCCAUGAUGAUCAUGGAGUACUACCGGCAGAGCAAGGCCAAGAAGCUGCAGGCCAUGCGCGAGGAGCAGAACCGGACCCCGCUCAUGUUCCAGCGCAUGGAGCCCCCGUCCCCGACGCAGGAGGGGGGGCCCGGGCAGAACGCCCUCCCCUCCGCCCAGCUGGACCCUGGAGGAGGCCUGAUGGCUCGCGAGAGCGGCCUCAAGGAGAGUCCGUCCUGGGUGACCCAGCGGGCCCAGGAGAUGUUCCAGAAGACUGGCACCUGGAGCCCGGAACGAGGGCCCCCCACCGACAUGCCCAACAGUCAGCCCAACUCUCAGUCCGUGGAGAUGCGCGAGAUGGGCACCGAUGGCUACUCGGACAGCGAGCACUACCUCCCCAUGGAAGGCCAGGCCCGGGCCGCCUCCAUGCCCCGCCUCCCCGCCGAGAACCAGAGGAGAAGGGGCCGGCCACGUGGGAAUAACCUCAGUACCAUCUCCGACACCAGCCCCAUGAAGCGCUCGGCGUCCGUGCUGGGCCCCAAGGCUCGGCGCCUGGAGGACUACUCCCUGGAGCGGGUCCCCCCGGAGGAGAACCAGCGGCACCACCAGCGCCGCCGGGACCGCGACCGCGACCGCGGCCACCGCGCCUCUGAGCGCUCCCUGGGCCGCUACACCGACGUGGACACAGGCUUAGGAACGGACCUGAGCAUGACCACCCAAUCCGGGGACCUGCCAUCGAAAGAGCGGGACCAGGAACGGGGCCGACCCAAGGACCGGAAGCAUCGGCAGCACCACCACCACCACCACCACCACCACCCCGCGCCCCCCGACAAGGAGCGCUACGCCCAGGAGCGGCCAGACCACGGUCGGGCCAGGGCUCGGGAGCAGCGCUGGUCCCGCUCGCCCAGCGAGGGCCGAGAGCACAUGGCGCACCGGCAGGGCAGUAGUUCGGUCAGUGGAAGCCCAGCCCCCUCAACGUCCGGCACCAGCACUCCGCGGCGGGGGCGCCGCCAGCUCCCCCAGACCCCCUCCACUCCCCGGCCACACGUGUCCUAUUCCCCCGUGAUCCGUAAGGCCGGCGCCCCGGGCGCCCCGCAGCAGCAGCAGCAGCAGCCGGCGGCGGCCAGGCCGGGCCGGGCGGCCACCAGCGGCCCUCGGAGGUACCCGGGCCCCGCCGCAGAGCCGCUGGCCGGGGAGCGGCCGGCCACUGGGGGCCACGGCAGCAGCCGCUCGCCUGGGAUGGAGCGGCGAGCUCCGGGCCCCGCCAGGAGCGAGUCCCCCAGGGCCUGUCGCCAUGGAGGGCCCCGGUGGCCAACGUCAGGUCCGCACAUGUCCGAGGGACCCUCGGGUCCCCGGCACCACGGCUACUACCGGGGCUCCGACUACGACGAGGCCGACGGCCCGGGUGGCGAGGAGGCGGUGGCCGGGCCCUACGACGCGCCACCCCUCCCGCGACACACGUCCUCGGGCGCCGCCGGGCGAUCGCCCAGGACUCCCCGGGCCCACGGCCCAGCCUGCGCCUCGCCUUCCCGGCACGGCCGGAGACUCCCCAACGGCUACUACCCGGUCCACGGAGUGGCCAGGCCCCGAGGGCCGGGCUCCCGGAAAGGCCUGCACGAGCCCUACAGCGAGAGCGACGACGAUUGGUGCUAAGUCCGGGCGCGGUGGCCCCUCACCCGCCCGGCGCCCCCACGCACCCCACGCACACACCCCGCCGGGAGGAGCGCGCCGGGCCGGCCGCCUCGCCGCCACCUGCCCAGCACCGCGGGCGAGAACCCGCCAGACAGGGGCCCAGCCUCGGGGCCAGGGCUGGGCCGCGCGGGGUCCCACCACCCUCGGCCAGGAGAGACCCUCCCGGCGUCGAGGGCCCGGCCCGACCUCCCCGCACCAGGGGCUCCGGGGGCGGCCGGAGACAGGCCGACGGCGGCCGAGUCCUCUCAGCCCUUUUUGGAGAACUUUGGGGAAAACGGGGAAAAAAACAAACAAAAAUAAUAAUAAUAACAUUUUUAAAAGAAAAACGGGGAGAAAAAAACCGCUUCUAUUGAUGAGUUUUAUCAUCUCAACUGAACCCUUUCCCUGGUGAAGGACGCGGUGGCUGCGGGCGGAGGACACAGGCAGGAAGCCGACCCAGAGCCCCACGCGGACGGGACACGCCACACUCUUCUCAACCACACGCAGGAGUGCUUGCUGGUGACACCAAACCCUACUAUUACUGCCUGCAGAAAUCAAUUUAAAAGAAAAAUAAUAACAAUAAACAAUUUUAAAAAGGACAAAAAAAAUUAAUGAUUGAGAAAAAGAAGCAUUUUUUUCUGACAUUUGGUCCUGCUUGAAAUAACAAAAGAGAAAAAACAAACAAAAAAAAAAAAAAACCACCACCACCACCACCAAUUCCCUUGCUUCUUUUUUCCUUUUUUUCCUACCUUGUUUGAAAACCGUGGGCUUGGGACUGUGAAUUAUUGCAUGACAUUAAAAAAGAAAAAAAAUAAUAAAAAAAAGUUGAAUUCAA